AUGUUAGUAGACUGUUGCGCAUCAUCAGUGAUAUCAUUAUUAUUGCCAGUUGAUUCGAAAUUGUUGCCACGAUUAGCCAGUUCUUCCCAGACACUUCCAUCACUGCCGGAACAAUUGACAUCUUCACCGGCCAGCGAAGUUAUUGUUGUGGGUGCAGAAUGCUCCAGCGAUUUUACUCCAUUCAGCGUUGAACGGCUGAAGGAUCCAUGA